AUGAACAGUAACAGGGAUAGUAACAGGGAUAGGGACAGGGAUAUGAAGAGGGAUAGGAACAGGAAUAGGAACAGGGAUAGGAACAGGGAUAAAAACAUGGAUAGGAAUAGGGAUAAGAACAUGGAUAAACCUGUAUCUAAACCUGUUAUCUACUCUAAACCUGUAUCUAAACCUGCUAUCUACUCUAAACCUUUAUCUAAACCUGUUAUCUACUCUAAACCUGUAUCUAAACCUGCUAUCUACUCUAAACCUUUAUCUAAACCUGUUAUCUACUCUAAACCUUUAUCUAGACCUGCUAUCUACUCUAAACCUUUAUCUAAACCUGUUAUCUACUCUAAACCAGUAUCUAAACCUGUUAUCUACUCUAAAACUGUAUCUUAA